AUGCAGGAGCACAUUCGACGGGCUCACCCGAGCCACUACAUACCGAAGCUCCCCGCUACCGAGGAAAGCUUCCUGCUCAUGGUCAAUACCCCACUGGAUCAACGAGUCCAUGUCGACCCCCAGCCAACCCCCUUGUCUGCACGGAAACACAACGACCCCUCCGAUCGAGAUGUCUACGUCGCCGACUCGAGCCCCCCUGUGACCCCGCGCACAAUUGACGAUGCCCACCCAGCUGCCGCCACGGCUGCUGUCGCUCUUGCGCAAUUGCACCAUCAUCGCCUGGCCUCGGACUGGGAGUCGGAAAUGAAGGAUGGCCACUCGGACCAUGACAUGGGACGCGACCGCAUGCGUUCCUCCAUCGAGCUGCCUCCGUUGAGAGACCACUUCAAACAGGAGCCCCUGCCGCCGUUUCAGUCGUCGCGACCUCGAGAGCUGCUGCCGUCCAUUCUGGGCCAUUCACCGCCCGGUCGCUCGUCUACUUUGCCCCCGUUACAACGAAGUAAGGUCCAGAGGCCGCGCAAGUCGUCCAUUACGCAAAGCGCUCGAAAGCCAAAACACGAGCGCACGAGAUCUAAGGAAUUUGGUCGUCGCAGCAGUAUAAACGAUCGAAAGGCACUGUCGGCAGAACCGCAGACGGCCGCGUGGGUACAAGGGAAGAGAUGGGAGGAUUUGAUCGAGGCUGCUACAUCUGCCACCGAAGUUGAUGAAGAUCGCGAGUUGACUCCGGUUCCCCAUUCGCCCUCCAUGUCGACGCUCCUGAACAGUUCCGCGUCGCUUUCUUCAGCCAACAAGAAUCGCAAUUCUAUGCCACCGUCUUUUCAGUCAGCUGGUUUGGCUCCGAUACACCGCUCGUUUCAGGCACCUUCAUAUGCUGCAUCGCCAUUGCAAAAGUCGCUUACACCGCCGCCUCUUGAUGUGCAUCGCAGCCGAGAUAGCGAUCUCGAGCCAUUCCCAUCUAUCGAGUCAUCGCUCGAUUCGGCAUCGACUGCGUCCGGCAAGAACUUUCAUAUGUCGGCUAGCGGACUGCCCUCAUCCGCAAAUUCAGACUCCAGCCCGAUGAAUCACCUACAUAACCACGUGCGACCUCAUCACCAUCGGUUUUCAAAUCCCACCCCGUCCUCGUUUCGACACCGGGAUAUUCAAAUAUACUGCGCAAAUUGCAACCGCGCGUGGCCGCUGCAUGAAUGCUACGCCUGUACAGAAUGUAUAUGCGGCGUGUGCCGCGAUUGCAUUGGAAUGUUUAUCAGCAGCCCGCCCAUGUCGAUGGCGCGCCCCACGAGCAGUCCGAACAAGGGCCCCACGAGUAUGCCAAACUAUCCAGCUCCACGUGGGUGCCCACGAUGCCGCACGGUGGGCGGCAAAUGGAAAGCUUUCCAGUUGGACUUUCGAUGA